GAGCUAGCGCGGCGAGGACCAUGUUGCUUCCCAACAUCCUGCUCACGGGUACACCAGGGGUUGGAAAAACCACGCUAGGCAAAGAACUUGCAUCAAGAUCAGGACUGAAAUACGUUAACGUGGGUGAUUUAGCUCGAGAAGUCUGAUCACCGGAUAUCAUGGAGUCUGGCAAGAUGGCUUCUCCCAAGAGCAUGCCGAAAGAUGCACAGAUGAUGGCACAAAUCCUGAAGGAUAUGGGGAUUACAGAAUAUGAACCAAGAGUUAUAAAUCAGAUGUUGGAGUUUGCCUUCCGAUAUGUGACCACAAUUCUAGAUGAUGCAAAAAUUUAUUCAAGUCAUGCUAAGAAAGCUACUGUUGAUGCAGAUGAUGUGCGAUUGGCAAUCCAGUGUCGUGCUGACCAGUCUUUUACGUCUCCUCCCCCGAGAGAUUUUUUAUUAGAUAUUGCAAGGCAAAGAAAUCAAACCCCUUUGCCAUUGAUCAAGCCAUAUUCAGGUCCUCGCUUGCCACCUGAUAGAUAUUGCUUGACUGCUCCAAAUUAUAGACUUAAGUCUUUACAAAAAAAGGCAUCUACUUCUGCAGGAAGAAUCACAGUUCCGCGGUUAAGCGUCGGUUCAGUUACUAGCAGACCAAGUACUCCCACGCUUGGCACACCAACCCCACAAACCAUGUCUGUUUCAACUAAAGUAGGGACGCCAGUGUCCCUCACAGGGCAAAGGUUCACAGUACAGAUGCCCAGUUCACAAUCCCCAGCUGUAAAAGCAUCAAUUCCUGCAACAUCAGCAGUUCAGAAUGUUCUAAUUAAUCCAUCAUUAAUUGGGUCCAAAAAUAUUCUUAUUACCACUAACAUGGUGUCAUCACAAAACACUGCCAAUGAAGCAUCAAAUGCAUUGAAAAGAAAACGUGACGACGAUGACGAGGAGGAUGAGGAUGAGGAUGACGCCUAUGACAACUUGUGAUCUAGCCUUGAGGAUGUGACACGUGCACUUGGUUUUUAACCCACUGUACUGAGACUCAGCAUGCAUGCUAGAUGUUCCCAUGUUGUGUUUAGAAAAAUAGUAUUUAAUGAGUAAAUAUGGUUACCAUACUUCUCAGUUGAGAUGUGUUGGAUUUUCUUUAAUAGGAUUAGUAAUGGCUUUUCAUCUGCCUUUAAGUGUAAAAAAUAAAGCUGUAAUUCAUGCAUUUGAUCGUUGGUA